AUGCAAAAUGGUUUACCGGUAUGCUACGCGUCAAGAGCGUUAAACAAAGCUGAACAAAGAUACGCACAAAUAGAAAAAGAAUUGUAUGCUUGUGUAUUUGCUUGCGAGAGAUUUCACGCUUAUAUUUAUGGUAGAACUGAUAUUACGAUAGAAACGGAUCAUAAACCUCUGGUGAGCAUUAUUAAAAAGUCCAUCGUCGAUUCACCAACACGUUUGCAGCGGAUGUUGUUAAGAUUACAGCGUUAUACAUUCAAACUAGUAUAUAAACCGGGCAAACACUUGUACAUAGCCGAUGCGUUAUCACGUGCGUACGAACCGACAGUGCUAAGCGCACUUCAUCCGAGUUCCGAUUCGCUGCAUGAUGAGGUGUGUGCGGUGCAACGACAGGCCGUCUCAAGAGUCACCGACGACAUUACAGACGUCCAGUUUGUGCAAUUGCAAAAAUACACGGAAACUGAUAACGAAUUAAUAAAAUUAAAGAAGUAUGUGCUAAAAGGCUGGCCAAGUGUCAAAGGAGAAGUGGAUGAUAUAAUUAAACCGUAUUGGAACUAUAAAGAGGAUUUAUCUUUUGCACAUGGGUUAGUUUGGAAAAAUGAGAGAAUUAUUGUUCCUAAAAUAUUAAGAAAAGAAUUUUUGAACAAACUUCAUAUAGAUCAUAUGGGUCUCGAGAAAUGCAAACUAAGAGCGAGAGAAAUUCUAUUUUGGCCAGGGCUAAAUAAUGACUUAAAAAAUAUGGUGUUAAAUUGUCAAAUAUGCUUAUCAUUUAGACGAAAUAAUCAAAAGGAAUAA